GUGCUAAUGGAUGAUGCGAUGGACUGCUUGAUGUCUUUUUCAGACUUCCUGUUUGCUUUCCAGGUCCAGUUUUACUACUCUGAGUUCCUUGAAAGUGUGGCUGCCAUCUAUCAAGAUCUCCUGACUGGCAAAAGUCCGAACACUGUCAUUGUGCCCACAUCAUCUUCUGGGCAGCAUCGUCCACGCCAAACUCUAAGUGACUGCAGCCCACUUGAUGGGGUGGAUGCAUCCGCGUUUUAUCAGUGCCUUGAGUCUCUGUGUGACAGGUCCAAAUACAGCUGCCCUCCAUCUGCAAUUGUCAAGGAAGUUCUGAGCAGUGUACAGAGACUGACCUUCUACGGGUUUCUGAUGGCUCUUACAAAGCAUCAUGGGAUCAACGGAGCCCUUGGUGCUCUUCCAGAUAAAGCAGAGCUCCUGCUUGACCCACUUAUGGAUCAAGAACUAGAGAAACUCACAGCCCAAGUCUCGGGGCUGUCCAUUUCCAGUUCUUCCAUCUCCAGUGGGGAUCCUGCAAAUUUGCCUUCCCGCCAGUCUCCUAGGAUCAGUUCCCCGUGGAGGCCUCUCUACUACCGCCGGAAAAUGGACACGGAGAGUGAUGGCUCCACAGAAGAGACAGAUUCUUCUGAGAAUUAACAGAAGGCAGAAGCACCAGCUCAUGUCCAUAGUCUUAUAACUGAAGGCAGUGGGAAGAAUCAGCACUUUUUGCACUUCUGGGCCAUUCCUGUGCCUAAUUGCCUUCUUAUGACAUCCACAGUACAGUGCAUGCAUAUCUUACGUAUCUUCCUGUUAGCAGUGCUGAACCACCCCUGUUCUAACCAUUCCGCUCCCG